AUAAAGCGCUUUCGGUCUCCCGAAGUCAAACGGCAAUAACACUACUCAACGCACGACGUGUCGCAUUUCUUUUUCCACCGAAAACGCAGUGUUCAAUUCUUUUAUCUACGACUACGACUAGAUUCCAAGGAAUAAAUUGAUUGUGAUCCAGUUGGCUAAAUUCAGUGAGUUUUUCGGUUUGUUUCUUACCUCAAAGCAGUGUUUAUUUUUGGAAGCAUGUGGAAACGUUGUCGGGAACACGUGGCUCGAUGUAUUCGUCUAUUUUAAUUCGACCUGAUUCUUCUCAACGUUGUCCACACCACUGCUCGAAUUUCACUUAUUGAUAAAACAAAAAACCGGUGAAGAAAAUGGAAGCACCAGCAGAAGAAAAGAUCACCAAUGGCCAGAAACGAAAGGAAGUGAAAUUCCGACGACGGGAUAAUCGCUGCCUGGAAAAUAUACUGAGAUCAGUGAGUACUCUAUCAGAUGUUGAGAAGUUCGAAGAACUGAAAAGCAAGUAUGUUGAGCUGUAUGACCAAGUUAGAGUAGCACACAAUAAUCAUUUUGCUAUGGAGAACAAAACCAAAGCCAUUCAACAUCAAAUGGAGGCUUUGAGGAAUGACCAUACUAAAUCACUGCUUGCCAGAUCAAGAUUGGAGAGUUUGUGCAGAGAAUUACAGAAACAGAAUAAAAUUAUCAAGGAAGAGAACUUAACAAAAAUCAAAGAAGAAGAAGAAUUACGAAAAGAAUUCGCAGGCAAAUUUCAAACAACACUCGCUGAAGUCACCAACAUGCUACAGGAGAACAACGAUAAGAAUAUGAAACUCCGGGAUGACAAUCAAGACAUGGCUAAGAAGUUGUCCACGCUCUGUUCGGAGUUUCAAAGCGCCGAGCAGGAAAUCGCGCGCAUGAGUUCGAAAAUGAAUCUGGAAAAACAACUCUCCGAUGCGACUCUAGCUAAAGUUCAAUAUGAGUUGAAAGCUGAGCGUGAUCUCUGGACCAAAGAGCGUGAAAUGCUCAAUCAGAACUUGAAUAAAAGCGAGGAAACAUGCGCGCAGCUCCAACAAAACAUCAAGGCUCUAGAAACGCAUCUUCAGAUGUAUACAGGAAAGUAUGAAGAGUUUGAGAAUACUAUCAGUAAGAGUAGUCAAGUUUUUGACAGUUGUAAGAAUGAAAUGGUUAAGAUGACAAAACAAAAUGGCGUCCUGGAUAAAGAACUGAAGAAUUGGAAGUCGCGUUGUGAACAUUACGCGAAAGUCGUGCUGGAUUUAACAGCAGCCAAACAAGUUCAUGAUAAAGAACUGCAUAAUGCCGAGAAGAAGAUUGAACAGUUGCAGAAACUCUGUCGGCAGUUACAAGUCGACCGUGCGGCUUACCUUAAACUCCUGAAGAUGCAUUCGAUUGAACCAUCAUCACAAAUUUGCGUUGAUAAUAACUCUGGAGGGAAUCAACAGGCGAAUUUUAAACCAACUAAAAAGGAACAGGAGUUAUCCACAUUGAAAAACAGUUUGAAAGCUUUAGAAGAACAAUUUGCCAUUUUAACAACAACUCCGGAUCCCAAUGGGGAAGCAUCACCUGAAGUGAAAGAAAUAUUGGAGACUGGAGCAACAAACGGCGCAAAUGGCACAGAUAAUAGUAUGGGGGUGGAAAAUGUGCCCGCAACGACUGAAUCUGAAACAGUACCUAGUACGGACACUGCUAACGCUGGUAUUGAUACAACAGCUGCGCCUGAAACGGCGGAGGUUUUGCCAAACUCAAUACCAGCACAAAAUUAAUCUGAAAAUUUCUAGUUUAAGCGUGUAUUAUUUAUAAACUUGACUUAGGUAUUGUUAAUAAAGCAACUAUAAAGUA